AUGAAAUUCUUCACGACCACGGCCCUCCUCGCCGCGAUGGCCAUCACCAACACUGCGGCAGCGCCAGUCGUCGCAGAUGAUACCGUGGCGGUUGGCAACUUGGUUCACCGUCGGACCAUCGUCGAUCCUCUAGCCGGCUCCCACGACCUUGUCGAAAGCAAGGUCAAGAGACAGCACGAUUGCGACCUCGACCCAGCAGGUUGCGAGGGGCCAGACAAACUGAAAGUCAAGAGACAGCACGAUUGCGACCUCGACCCAGCAGGUUGCCUGGGACCAGAUAAACUCAAGGCCAAGAGAGAGGCUCACGACAAUGAUCCAUCCGCCUCCGAUGGACUGACCGAAAUCAAGAUGAAGAGAGCCGGCGGCCCUCACGGAUGCGACCCUGAGGACCCAGGCUGCGAGGGGCCAGACAAACUCAAAGUCAAGAGAGUUGCUGACGACAAUGAUCCAUCCGGCCAAUUCUAGAGAGAGCGUCUCUCCAUAUACAACCCGUGGUGCAGUCCCGACGACACUGGCACCGUCCGAGACGGCCGUCGCUAGAUCGAGGCUGGCCAGGAAAACAUCAUCUUGGCCUCGAUGUUAAUCGCGCACGUCCAGGAGGAAGCUGUGGUCGGGGGUCGACACAGAGGUGGGCGAACUUUGCUCGAUGCUUUUGGAUUCGGGAAUGAUCGUGGGUGGCACCGCGAGGAGUUGUCUCAAUUUUUUAAUACACCGUGACACAUACUCUCGUUAUCGAAAGGCGUUGUAGUGCGUUGCAGGAAGUCCUCCGUUGUUUAAGCGUCACCUGAUCUCAAUCCAGAGUCCUUGUACCGCCGCGCUGAGUCCUUUGUUCGAGACGAGACUUGCCAGGCCAGUCUGUAGACGGGAGAGCGACUAAUCCGGGUGAUGCUGACCUUUAUCCGGGAAGCUGACGGCAGGUACGUGUCAAUCUCCAGAUGGCUCCUCCUGAAGAGUCGGGACGGCCUUUUUGACCGAAUUUGAGCGUGCGACACCUUCGAUGUUUGCUUUAUGGAACUCGAUUGAUUCUUCUCCGGACAAUGCGCGGUAAUUGUGUGGCUGUGGCUGCGACUCGUUUCUGUUGGCGAGGCGCAGCAUGAUGCGCGCGAUUGGAGGGUAUUGAUGCCGUGGCC